AUGGACCAUAUUCCCCGUGUGUCAAAAGUUCUUUAUGCUGGACUGUGUUGGAAGAUCGGCACCCCGACAGAAGUGGGGUUCAGGAGGGACGUCAGGGACAUAUUUGAGAUGAUCAGGGAACCUUUUUAUAAGUGUAGAAAUUCGGCGCUUAUGGAGAGCGGUAGCUGGAGGGAGGGUUUUCGAUUUGAUUCAUCCGACAGAGAUUGUAUGUACUGGUUUUGUAACUACAAACUAAUAACAGACAUUUGUCAAUCCCAUGUAUGCAAUGAAUCAACAAAAGAUGUUAUUUUAAUGGAGGAUUCUGACACACCGCCAGGAUUUGUCAAACUACGCCUUCUUACACCCCCGAGACAGCACAUGUAUUUUACGAUACCAUGUCUUCGUCCAAUUAAUGACGGCAAUUAUAUAUCUAGUUUUCUAUGGAGUAAAAGAUCUAUUCCGUUAUUUGCAAAUAGUAGACAAUACCGAGGAGCGAAUAUGGACGCCCAUGGUCCUUGUGUUAGUGGUAACAUAGGAUCUAUUGAAUUCGACUUUGCUCUUUCUUUUGCAUCAUUAUGUUGGCCAAAGUUAUUGAGAGUUUGGGUAGACAGAUGCCGAAGUCAUGCGUGGCCACCUGCACCAGUGUUGGAAACAAUUCUAAAAAAUGGUUAUCAUUGUGUGCCUGUGGGAAGUAAAAUUGAAUCGACUUCUAACGAUCUGGAAUGGAGAUUAUCGUUUUCUCAAGCCGAAAAACACAUAGUGUUUACCAUGAAUCAUACACAAUUUCUGUGUUACGGACUUCUGAAAAUAUUUUUGACGGAAGUUCUCAAUCAGAGAGAGGAACCCAAAUUACUGUGUUCAUAUUUCAUGAAGACCACAAUGUUUUGGAUAAUACAAUUAGGAAACUUCCGAUGGUGCCCAAACAAUUUACUUGAUUGUUUCUGGAAGUGUUUUAAAUAUCUCAUUCAAUGUGUUUAUCGUGGAGUGUUUCCCAAUUUCUUUAUUCCACAGAACAACAUGUUCAUAAACAAAGUAAUCGGUGAGGCACGUGAAUAUCUUUUAGAACAUCUUUUCCAGUAUUACAGAAUGGGCGUGUCCUGUCUGCUGCUUAGUCCUACUCUCAGAUCAAUCCUAGAACCAGCCCUCAGUAACCCCCUCUUCGAAGGAAGAUCUAUAAAUAUUGUCGAUGGAGAUAUUUCAGGAAUGAUUGAGAUAUUUCAAAUACCGCUUCCUGUCGGAUGUAUAUCAGAUUCUUAUCUGUUCUUGAAAUCCAUUGAAAAGGUGUCAAAGUUAUGGAUCUCACCCUUCCAAAUAUUAACAAUACAGUUUUGUACAGCUGAAACUCUCGUUAAUUUAGCACGGGUAAUGGAAAAGAACGCUCCUUUAAGUUUCACACGUAAAAGUUUGUAUAACUUUGACAGAGUGAUUUGUAAUACACUGAAACUGGCAUCAAGAUUAGGUCCCGUGUCUACUUUACUUUUUCUAGCAUUGUAUUACUUCAGAACAGAAAGAUACGGUAUGACAUUAAGAAUCACUUAUCUCGCUAAACAAAGACUGUCUCAUCCCUAUGUCAUAUGUGAUCAAAUAACAGAUACACGGGUUUAUAGCGCAGCUCUGUGCAACCUCUCUUUGUUUAGAAAGAUGAAUAAAGCCUGGGCAAACACUAUACAUUUAGAAAAUGAUGAUUUCUAUCUUGAAGAAUUAUGUUUAGAACAAGAUGCCAGUGAACAAAAUGGUGAGAUUCUUUUACAUUUAUCGCCGUAUCUCCUAGUAGACAUGCUGUUAGUGUUACCACACUAUAGACUGGGUCAUAUAUCUCGGUAUUUACAGACACUGACAGACCUACAGACAAAGCUGGUUCAAGAUGAUCGGAGAUAUGUUCCUGUCCAUUUCAGAGACAUAUCCUGGCAGAUCCUUGGUAUCUGUCAGCAUAUUGUCGGAGACUUACACGGGGCCUUAAGGUCCUACCAAGAGUCGCUUAGGCAUGAAGCUUUUCACAGAAUACGAGAGGCCACAGAUAUAAGAAUAAGACGUGUGAAACAACAACUGUAUAGAAAUAUUAAUUCAGAAGCCUAG